AUGUCUUUGAUACGUGCCUAUACGCGAAAUGCAUCUAAUAUAUCAAAGCUUUUUUCUACUUCCUCUUUUUACUCGCGACAAGUAUGUCCUGCUAUUGCCAACAUCUCUGCGAGAAAUAUAAAGUUUCUAAGUACAUCUACAACAAAAAACUUAAAAGAGCGACUUGUUGAAAUAAUUCCCGAAAGGCAAGAAGAAAUAAAACAUUUGAAAAAAGAACACGGUGCUAAAAGUUUAGGCAAUGUGACUGUCGAUAUGGCAUAUGGAGGCAUGCGAGGGAUCAAAGGCUUGAUCUGGGAAGGAUCAGUGCUCGAUCCCGAUGAAGGGAUCAAAUUCCGGGGCUACACAAUUGCUGAGUGCCAAAAGCUUUUGCCGAAAGCUGAAGGUGGGGAAGAACCUCUACCAGAAGGACUUUUUUGGCUCCUUGUAACUGGUGAAAUUCCUACAACAGAACAAGUUCGUGAACUUUCUGCAGAGUGGGUUGCUCGAUCUGGGGUUCCUUCUUUUGUUGAAGAAUUGAUUGAUAGAUGUCCAAACACUUUGCAUCCAAUGUCACAAUUCUCAUUGGCAGUCACCGCUUUGCAACAUGAUUCUAAUUUUGUCAAAGCUUAUCAAUCCGGGGCAAACAAGAGCGAAUAUUGGAUAUCCACGUUUGAAGAUACGAUGGACCUAAUUGCUAAAUUGCCAAAUAUUGCCGGAAGAAUUUAUAGAAAUGUAUUUAAAGAUGGAAAAUUACCUGCUCUUGAAUCGGAUAAAGAUUAUUCGUAUAAUUUAGCCAAAACACUGGGAUACGAAAGUAAUAAGGAUUUCGUAGAGUUAUUUCGAUUAUAUCUUACUAUACAUUCUGAUCACGAAGGAGGAAAUGUUUCUGCACAUACUGCGCAUUUAGUUGCUAGUACUCUCUCCGAUCCAUAUUUAGCUUUUGCGGCAUCACUUGAUGGUUUAGCCGGUCCAUUACAUGGUCUCGCAAAUCAAGAGGUUAUUAGCUGGAUUCUUAAAAUGCAAAGCGAAAUUGGAACUUCUGCUAGUGACGAAACGGUUAAAGAGUACGUGUGGAACACAUUGAAGUCUGGUCGUGUUAUUCCAGGCUAUGGUCACGCUGUGCUUAGAAAAACUGAUCCACGAUAUACAGCCCAACGUGAAUUCGCCUUAAAACACCUUCCUAAUGAUCCUCUUUUCAAACUAGUCUCACAAUUGUAUAAUAUUGUCCCACAAGUGCUUACCGAACAUGGAAAGACAAAAAAUCCUUGGCCUAAUGUUGAUGCACAUUCUGGCGCACUAUUACAGUAUUAUGGGCUCACCGAACAAAACUACUAUACAGUAUUGUUUGGUGUUUCCCGGGCUCUUGGUGUAUUAAGUCAAUUGAUUUGGGAUAGAGCUUUGGGAUUCCCAAUUGAAAGACCAAAAUCAUAUUCAACAGCAGCUAUCAAAAAAAUGUUUGAGUAG